AUGGCGUCGCAACCGCUCGUCGCCACACUCGGUCAAAAGUCCAGCCUGAAGCGCAUCAAUCGCAAGCAGAUCCUCGAAGUCGAUGUUCCGAAAGCUUGUCAGACUAUUGUUGAUCCGGUGGCGCCUAUGGCUUUGCGGCUACAGGGGAAUUUGUUAUACGGUGUCUCGCGUGUGUACCUACAGCAGUGCGGAUACGUUCUUUCAGAUGCACAGAAUGCGCAGAAUGAGUUGCAGAUGAUGCUACGCACGGUUAAAGAUGCUGCGCUGGAUCCUGAUGCUGGUAGAGCUAGACCCGAACAGCUCAUCCUUCAAGACGACCCAUCUUUCCUCCCUGACUUCACUCUUCCUCCCCCAGACCUCCUCGCAGAACUCGACUCCAGGUUCAACCUGCACAUUGUUCACUCCGGCAGUUCACAGUCCCUGACACCCUUUGGCUCGCAGCAAUCCCAGGACUCCUCAUCUCAUGUCGGUGUCAUUGGUGGGCUUGUGCUUCCUAGCUCGUCAUCGCCUGGUCUGCCGGCCGAGUUCAGACUCGAAGGCGAGAAUGAGCUUGGUGGUCUUGGUGGUGUGCUGGGAGAUGAGGACAAUAUGGUGGAGAUUGAAGAUCCGGAUUUCAUGUUUGGAGAUGAUGGGAAUAUCAUUCAUUUGUCGCCGGGUCGUAGGUCGGCGGCUAGAACACCGGUUCGGGCUGUGGGUGCAGAGGUGUCUGGUGAUGCUGAGAUGAGUGCUAGGGUGAGGAGGGAACAUGGAGAGGGACGGCAGGCUGUCGGUCAGUUCCCCGGAGAUCAAGAAGACAUUGAAUUCCCCGUCUACAACGAAGACCUUCCUGGAGAUGAAAUAGCCACAUCGGACGCUCCACAACAGUCCAGCGACCACGCCGAAGUAGUCAAAUCCUCCGAAUCAUUUUCUGCACCGCAGCGUCGACACCGGAUUGCACGCACUCUUCGCACCGACGCAGCAAUUGAGCUCCGCAACAAGGUGCUGUCAGACUGGAACACAGACUACCGUGCGAACAUGAAGGCCGCCGCCCGACAAAAGAUGCAAUAUCGAGCUACCGUGCAAGCUCGGAAGAACGCAGAACACUAUGUCUGGAACUCUGGUAUUGGUAACAUCGGCCAACGCAUCUUCGGUCUACAUCCCAACCCAUUCGACAUGUUCAUCGGCGACGGACUCUUCGAGUCACUCACUGGCUUGAGCCGCAAGGUCACUGGCGCGAAGCACGACCGCGACAGUGGAAUCGACGAUACCACGCAAGAAGAAUCCCGGCGCGUGCGUCAGCGUACCGAAGAACGCGAGUUCGGUCGCGCUGGAGAUGAAGAAGAAGAAGGCUUCCUCAUACCCGGUGAUGACAACGCAGUCGAACUACCUCGCGAAGCCGCAUCCGCCCUUGACGACCAGCAAAUCUUCUCAGCCAUGCCCUGGAACAUGAGCGCUUCUGUACGCGGCUCGUCGGCCAUUCCCCGCAGUGGACGUGUUGGUAUGAUGGGCGGCUCGGCAGAACAGGGUCGACCAGGCAGCUGCCGUCUGGUAUCCGCUUCCCCACUGCAUGGUAAGGGUCAGCCUAGCGCAGCACUGGAACCUUUUCGAACCUUUACGAGUGAUGCUGAUUUCGGGGGCGACGAGUUUGGGCUUGCCGGUCCUAGUUUGGAUUUUCCUCUGCCAGUACAUGGAGCCGCUCCGGAGGUGGCGACACGUGUGCGCGAAGCACUUUCUACAGAGGGCGCGAAUUUUGCUGCUUUCAUUCAUGAACGUAUCAGGGAGCAAAUGUCUGAUAUCUUGCAAGUCGAGGCCGCUGCCGAUAUCGACGAGAUCUCGUUUGAGGAGCUGCUUCCACCCGCUGAGAAUACCAAGAUGAUCGCUUGCCAGGGGCUGAUGAUGGUGCUUGCACUUGGUAUGAAGGGCAUGCUCGACGUGCAACAGUCUGAGCACUUGGGCGAUAUCAGUCUUAAGCUUACCAGCAAGGCCAAGGCUAUGCAAGUCGUUGACAUUAGCGACGGCGAAGAGAGUGGCGAAGAAGAUGGAGACGGCGCGGAAGAUGAUGUUCUAGAUGCACAAGAGGCGCAGGACCAAGAUAGGGAAGAUGUUGUCAUGGAGGAGGUGGAAAAGGGUCAUUUCCAGGAUCAGUUCAGCGCAGACCAUGCUGCUCAGGAGGAAGACGAGCGAGAUUCGCUUUAUGAUGAUUGA